GAUAACGAAGGCGGCAAAAUGUAAACAAACACGGCUUUGCGGAGUGCGUCGUUCUGGGGCUGCAUUGAAAUAAGGAAAGAGGUGGAUUAAAUAUACUGAAAGGUUCUUAAAUCAACGUUGGGAAAGCUGGUAUCUGAUUUCAGGACAAGUAGCAAGAGGCAGUCGAAGAGAAAGACGACUUGAGAAGCAAUACAUAGGAAUAAGAACGGGGUGGGCCUGACUCAGUGUGGACAAUACUGAGCACAGGUCUCUAAGAUGAUGAACAAGGGUGGUGGAGCCUCCCAAACACCCCUGGUGGUGGCCCCCUGCUGGCAAGACACCCAGCUGGCAGCCCUUCUCCAGCCCCUCAUCCCACUCUCAUACAAGGAAAAUCUUGGAGAGGCAGACUUCCUCCCCUCCAGAAACACAGCUGUCAUCUUUAUCACAGAGGCCGAUAUCAUUUCAGGAGGUGGGUUCCGCAGGCGAGUGGUCAAGUUUCGGCAGAGCAGCAUCAUCAGUGCCGAGCGGAGAAUUGUGGUGCUACAGAACACUCCUCUCACGGCACAGCACUUCAAUAAUCUACAGAAGUUCAUCAGCAUCGACUUGGGCCUGCCUGUCAUCCCUGUCCAGUCCUUGCAGGAGACUGCACAGCUGCUGGUGCGAAUGGUGGCCAGCGAGACCAAGAUUCAGUCCAACCCUUUCCGUAUGCGGCCACGGAAAAUGGGGAACCACGACCAGCAGUUGUUGCACUCCCUCACCUCUGUGGUGCCCUGCCUGGGGAUGCAGCGGGCCCGGGCACUGCUGGCACGCUUUGGUACCCUGCAGGCCUUGGCAGAGGCUCCCCGUAGUGCCAUGGAGGAGGUGGUGGGCAGGGCUGCGGCUGCCUCCGUGCACAUGUUCUUCAAUGGCAGGGCAGAGUAAGAUGCGUUUCCUUAAUCACCGUAGGGUCUUAGAAGAAUGAAUUUCAAAGGCUUCAGAAAUGACAAGUAAGGUUCUCAAGGGUGUUUUUUCCUGUUGAUGGUGCAGAAUAAUGUUGUAGGCUUUCAUAAAGAGUUUCAAAGGCUGCAGAUAUAAGUAAGGUUCUCAAGGGUGUUUUUUUCCUGUUGAUGGUGCAGAAUAAUGUUGUAGGCUUUCAUAAAGAGUUUCAAAGGCUGCAGAUAUAAGUAAGGUUCUCAAGGGUGUUUUUUUCCUGUUGAUGGUGCAGAAUAAUGUUGUAGGCUUUCAUAAAGAGUUUCAAAGGCUGCAGAUAUAAGUAAGGUUCUCAAGGGUGUUUUUUUCCUGUUGAUGGUGCAGAAUCUUUUCUUUAACUAUUGGUAAUCCUACAUACUCCCUUGAGAACUCCUGAAUAAUGCUGUAGGCUUUAAUAAUGAGAUACAAUGGCUAGAGAGAUGAUAAAUAAGGUUCUUAUGGAUGUUUUGUCUGAUCAAUGAUGCUGAAUCCUUUUGCUCAACUGUCACCAUAUAAACUGCCUUGAAAACCCCAAAUAGCGCUGCAGAUUCUAAUUUCAGAGGUUACAGAGAUAAGUAAGCUUCUCAUGAGUGUUUUUCUUUUUAAUUGACAACGCAGAAUUCUUUGUACAACUAUCAGUAACCGUACUAACACCUUUGAAAACCCUAAGAAAUUUAACCAGUCUCAUUAGUAGAGGCAGUAGGGUUUCAUUAGGAGUUCCAGAGUCUACAGAGAUGAUUAAUAAGGUUGUCAAGUGGCUAUCUCCUGUUGGUGGUACUGAAUGCUUGGUUUAAUUGUUAGUAGUCAUAGAAACAUCCUUGAAAACCCAGAAUAAAGUUCACCAAAAGUUGCAUGAAAGUCUAGUAAAGGCCAGUUUCAAUCAUUCUCAGGCUUCUGUACAACUGUGUGUUUGCUAGCUAACCAACAAACCCACCUCAGCCAAUAAGAUUCCAGUUAGAUGCAGAAACAAUUGAAAAUAGUGACGUAAGAAAGGUGCGCGGUAUAAUCGGGUCUCAAUAAGACACUGAAAUGUUUUCAAAUAUGGAUUAUAUUAGGAUGGCACGCGGUGAGGGCCUCGGCUUUAGAGGGGACAAGUGGCGCCAUGUGGUCGCCCUGGGUGGAUCUGCCCUUGCCUCUGUCAGCCCCGCGUCACGGUAUGGAGGUCAAGGGCCGCCGCUGACCCGACCCUUGCUACAUUCUAGGUCACGCAGAGUUCACAACGCACAGUUACUGCUGCAAAUGGUCAUGUAGCUAUAUAUUUAUGUGUUUAUAUGUAUGUUUAUAAGGUCGCGUGUGUUUUGAUAUAAGUUUAAAUAUAUUUUUUUACGUAUUUCUGAUG